CUCUGUAAAUAGUUCAGGUUUUGCUGCUGCCAUUCUCUCUGCUCUCUAGAAUUUAAAAAAGAAAGAAAAAAAGAAUGCCAAGCAAGAAAAACAAGAGAAAGAGACCCGAACGACCCACCAUCCACCCCAAAAACAAAUACUCCGAUAACCCACCUGAUUUUUCUGUCUUAGCUUCUCUCUACCCGUCUCUCAAGCCUUUUGUUUUGUACUCUCGCGAUGGUCGACCUCGAAUUGACUGGACCGAUUUCAACUCGACCCGAGAACUCACCCGGGUCCUGCUUCUCCAUGAUCAUGGCCUCAACUGGUGGAUUCCUGAUGGCCAGUUAUGCCCUACAGUGCCAAAUAGAUCGAACUACAUUCAUUGGAUCGAGGAUCUUUUGUCAUCGGAUAUCAUUCCAAAGAAUAACAACAAUGGUGAUAUUGUGAGAGGUUUUGAUAUAGGCACUGGAGCUAACUGCAUUUACCCUCUACUUGGUGCCUCUCUUCUUGGAUGGACUUUUGUCGGGUCAGAUGUGACCGAUGUAGCAGUGGAGUGGGCAGAGAAAAAUGUUAAAUGUAAUCAACAUAUAUCAGAACUAAUUGAAAUCAGAAAGGUCACAGAUUGUCAAGGCGCCAUUUCUAUUGAAGAUUCAAAUUGUGGAGAGUCGGUCAAUUGUGAAAAUAAAAUUGAUGGAAAUGCGACUGUGGUCGAAGAGGCAGAGCUUUUGCCCUCAUCUUCUUUUGAUCCUCCAUUGCAUAUGAAUAAGAAGUAUUCUGGACCACCUUUACUUCUUGGUGUAGUCAGAGAUGGUGAGAAGUUUGAUUUCUGUAUGUGUAAUCCCCCAUUUUUUGAGACCAUGGAGGAAGCAGGACUGAAUCCCAAAACUUCUUGUGGUGGGACUCCUGAGGAGAUGGUUUGCCCUGGUGGAGAGAAGGCUUUUAUCACUCGUAUAAUUGAAGAUAGUGUAGUGUUGAAGGAGUCCUUUCGGUGGUUUACUUCAAUGGUUGGAAGGAAAGUGAACCUCAAAUUCCUUACCUCAAAGCUUCGGGAAGUUGGAGUCACUAUAGUAAAGACCACUGAAUUUGUCCAAGGGCAAACAUGUCGGUGGGGGCUUGCUUGGUCUUUUGUGCCUCCUGUCAAGAAAAUAAUAUCUCCUCUGGUGCAGAAGAGUAGCCUAUCUUUCACACUUGAGGGUCUUCAACGGCAAUUCAGUGCCUUUCAUGUAUUGCAAUCUGUUGAGUCCUUUUUCUGCCUUGGGGGUGCAUCCUGCAAAUUGAAUGCCUCUUCAUUUGUUGUUGAUAUCACUGCCUCAAAUGACCAUUGCAAAGCAAUCCUGAGGGACGAGGCAAAGCAUCCCAAUGGAGCCGCCACUUGCAACCCUUUGGAGGCAUCCCAUAGUUCGAGUUAUUUGCACCCUCCUUCAAAUAACUUAUCUUUUUGCAUUUCGGUGUUUCAGCAAAUCCCAGGCACCCUUUUGGUGAAAGCAUCAUUACAGCAUAGAGAUGGCCCAGUCCCAGGUUUUAGGCUACCACUCCUUUUGUGUCUUUUUGUCAAAUAUACUAGGAGUAACCCCACUAAUUUGAUAUUUACGACAGAAUUUAGUCUUCAGAUCCUACUUUCAAACUUUGUUAAAUUGGUGUUACUUUAUGUUAAGUUCUUGGGUUGUUUUUGGCACUAGUAUUCUAAUUGAUAAUCCAGAAAUUGGAGGAAACUUCAAGACAUAAGUUUUAUAGAGAAAAGGCCACUCUCAACUGAAUGUGGUCUGUUUCAGCCAUGUAUGGUCAUUUGGAGAUUCAAUGAACUCAGUACCACAUGUAUGGUUUCUUGAUAGGUUACCGCCAUGAAAUUUUUAAGAUAAGAUGAUUAAUUGUGAAAGUUGGUACCUGAGGGCUUAUGAACUAGAUAAAUAAGAACUAACAUUCACCAUUAUGCACCCAAUCUUUAUAGUUGCAAUUGCGGUAACCUAUUGUGAUGAAUAGUGAAACAUAUGAGGUGCGAGUUCAUCAAAUCUCUGCAGACUCGUGCAAGGUUGAAUUACACAAAAUUUAGUCAAGACUCGCCUUUUCUCUUGCAAAACUCGUGUCAAUGCUUCCUGAAAUUAUUGGAUUAUCAAUGAGAAUACUCCUGCAAAAGAUUGUUGUUUUCAAAUUUUCAUAACUGAUAUAUUAAAUUCUCGGGCUUUCUUUUACAGGAGUGUUCUCAUUGAUAAUCCAACAAUUGGAGAAAACUUUGAGAUGCAAGUUUUGCAGGGAAAAGGCCACUCACAACUAAAUUGCAUCCGAUUCAGCCUUCUACAAGUUUUUAGAGAUGGGAUGAACUUGAAUCUUAUAUAUGGUGUCUUGAUAGUUUUCCACCAUGAAACAGUGGAUUUUAGUUUGUACGUGUCUAGUUCAGAGGUUCAUACAGCUGAAUUGUAUACCGUAGGUUUGACUAGCUCUUUUACUGCGUUGUAAUGUGGUGUUGGUAUGUACAUCAUUUUCCUGUGGUGUCUGUAUCCCUGAAUUUUUUUUACUUUUGUUUUUUAGUCCUGUUGCAAAAUUCUCUUCUCACUACUUUGUUAUGUGCUAGAUCUUCGAGUUUAGUUGUUGGGACGCA